GCCUGUCCCCGCUCCAUGCUCAAGAUGUUGUUGGCCAUGUUCUCCCGGGUGCUGCAGCGUCCGGCGGUAGCCGCCACCGCCGCCGGAAAAACGGCCUCUCGAGUGAUGGUAGCAUCGCGUAACUAUGCAGACUUUGCAAAUGAAGCUACAUUUGAAAUUAAGAAAUGUGACCUUCAUCGCCUGGAAGAAGGCCCCAGUACCACCACAGUGAUGACUCGAGAGGAGGGGCUCCAGUACUACAGAACAAUGCAGAUCAUCCGACGCAUGGAGCUGAAGUCUGACCAGAUGUAUAAGCAGAAGAUUAUUCGUGGCUUCUGCCACUUGUACGAUGGCCAGGAGGCUUGCUGCGUAGGGCUUGAAGCUGCCAUAAAGCCUACAGACCAUGUGAUAACAGCUUACAGAGCUCAUGGCUUUACCUAUACACGAGGAGUGCCUGUUCGAGAAAUUCUCGCUGAACUCACAGGUCGAAAAGGAGGAUGUGCAAAGGGGAAAGGAGGAUCAAUGCAUAUGUAUACCAAAAACUUCUAUGGUGGAAAUGGAAUUGUUGGUGCUCAGGUUCCUCUUGGAGCUGGGGUUGCGCUGGCCUGUAAAUACUUCGGUAAAAAUGAAAUCUGCCUGACGUUAUAUGGGGAUGGUGCAGCCAAUCAGGGCCAGAUAUUUGAAACAUACAACAUGGCUGCCUUGUGGAAGUUGCCUUGUAUUUUUAUCUGUGAGAAUAAUCGAUAUGGGAUGGGAACUUCGGUUGAAAGAGCUGCAGCCAGUACUGAGUAUUACAGAAGAGGGGACUUUAUUCCAGGUCUCAGGGUGGAUGGCAUGGAUGUUCUCUGUGUUCGAGAAGCGGGAAAGUUUGCAGCCGAGUACUGCAGAUCUGGCAAAGGUCCUAUUGUGAUGGAGUUACAGACCUACCGUUACCAUGGCCAUAGUAUGAGUGACCCUGGAAUAAGCUAUCGCACUCGGGAAGAAAUUCAAGAAGUGAGAAGCAAAAGUGAUCCCAUUACUUUGCUGAAGGACAGAAUGGUCAACAAUAACCUGGCUAGCAUUGAAGAAUUAAAGGAUAUUGAUGCAGCAGUAAAGAAGGAGGUCGAGGAAGCGGCUCAGUUUGCUACCACUGACCCGGAGCCACCACUGGAAGAACUGUGUAACCACAUCUACUUCAAUGAGCCACCCUUUGAAGUGCGGGGCGCAAACCAGUGGAUAAAGUACAAGUCUGUCAGCUAAAGGGCUUUCGAUUGUCACAAUUUAUUCAGAAGUGAAUGUGUUUACAGGAUUUUGUUAGACAUCCUGAAUGUUGUUUCAGGAGAUGUUAAAGCAGCAGAUUGCUGAAAUUGCUAUGUAUCUGCUUUAUCGACCUGUCUUUGGAUUGCUCUGUUAUGUAGUUAAAAAAAUUAAACUUCAACAUGU